UAGCACACACAUCAUCAUUGGAACUUCAACGACUCGGUAUCGUAUACCUCUCGUCGACAAGGCUGAAAUUCUCAACAUCAGCAUCAUUCCUUUUCAGCUAUCAGGCCAUACUAGCAUGGGCAAUUUGGAAUUCUAUCUCUACAAAGUGGCUUUGCAAUGUAGUGUCACCUAGCACAGCCACAACUUGGCAAAAGCUUCAAAGAAGGAAAUGCGGUCCCCUCAUCUGAUACGUCAAUCGUUCCAGCCAACCUCAUUCCUUAAGAACCAGUCCAUCCCGCCGUCCUUUUUCACGAUGUUCGCCCCUAUUAAUACACCACAGACUCUCCCGACCUAUCUAAGAGGGAUCUACACUUUGGAAGCUCAUUGAGAAAAGAGAAUAUAUAUCGUGGACAUGCCGUCAUCAAUGCUCGAUCCGUAUGGAACGGGCAAAUCCGCAGAAGCCAGUGGACCACACAAUCGGCGCAACGAGCACACCAGCGGAGAUGAGGAAAGAAUACCAACCUAUGCAGAAUCGAGUGCCCAACCUGCGAUCCAUCCAGAAGAACUCCGACAGAUCCAGCAAGCACUCGCCGAAUCAGCACUAACAGCUAGUGAACCUGCACCGCCGCCAUUAGAUACACCUCAAUCCGCUACAAACCAUGGACCUAACACCACUACCACGACUACCGCAACACCAGGAGCGGCAGAUGAGGAGAUCGCAGGACUUCCAGGGUACUCAAUCCUCGACCACACCCAGACAUCCUUCUCCAUCCACGGAACCUUCAUCCACAGCCCCACAGGUCCCGUAUACCAGCUCUCCUCUCCCCUCGACGGGCGCCGUACCCCAUUCCGGAUUCGCCGCUUGCGCCCGAAGGAAAUCACCCAGAUGAUGUCCCCUGCCGCACAACCCCUUCACUUCGAUGCCUCAAACAUCCUGUACGAAGUCACGGCACCCCCUCUCCUGGAGGAGUACCACAUCUUCGGAAAGCGACGAAGCUGCUUUCCCGGCGUCCUGGAACUCAAGUACUCGAUGAACAAGUGGCGGGUCAAGCACGUCCCGCGCAUCGGAGCCAAGCCGAAGGAGAUACUGGCGUCGAAGCGGGUGGGGUUCUCGCCGUUCUCGAGCGGGCGGCUAGACAGGAAGAAGGAGGAGGAGAGCAGCGAGUGGAAGGACGCGCAGGGGAGAGUCCUGGCGACGGAGGUGCUGAGGAAGUUGGGGGACGGGGGCGUCGUGCCGUCGAUCGAGCUGAUUCCGGAUCUGGAUCAGACGUGGAGGGAGGUGGUGCUGACGGUGUGGGCGGCGAGGCUGUGGGUUGCGUUUGGGAAGGAGAGGACGCAUGUUUAUGGGUCAAGGUUGGAGGGCGGGAGCUUUGCGUCGAUGCCUGGGUCGUCGCCGAUUGAUAGGCUUGGUGGAAAGGGGAAGAAUGUUUUGCAGUAAGAUGGAGGGAUGGCGUAUGAUUUCAUGAUAUACCAAUGUGUCUGUAUAGAGGAAACGGGAAUAAUUUGCAUCUCUGAGGAGUAUCUUUUGCAUCGGUCCUAAUGUUCGAUGUAGUGCAAUUGGUGAUGUUCUUUUCAUAGUACAUCUCACACUAUCUCCGUU